AAAAACAAAGGUAUUCAAUCGCUCUCUCCUCCACCUCAUCAUGCACAGUCACUCAGCCGCCACCGCAGAUGCCUCCCUGAGCCACCUCCAACCGCCGCCACCUUUCCCGUCGUUCUCAAAUUUGAUAUAUUCCCACAACCCUUUCCCAAUAGUAGAGGCAUUGGAGGUUAGUUAUAGUGGGAGUAGUAGUGGAGGUUGUAGUAGCUACGGGUCUCCAACAUCGCACCCUGGGCUAAGCCAUGGUCCAAGCUCUCGCCGACCACUCACAAGGGCUUACAGCUCCGGUCAUAAUGAGAGAAGAGGCGAAGAGAGGGCAUGGUCCAGUGAAAGCAGUCUGAUAAUAGAAGGAAUGAGAAGAGCUUCUCCAUACACUCCCCAAGAGAAGAGACACAGAAUUGAAAGAUACAAAACCAAGAGAAACCAAAGGAAUUUUAAUAAGAAGAUUAAGUAUGAAUGCAGGAAGACACUGGCAGAUAGUAGAAAGCGCAUUAGAGGGAGAUUUGCGAGAAAUGAAGAAGCUGAGAAUAGUAACUCGACUAGCUCACCGAUAGAGACGUGGAGCUGCUACGACAAUGCCAUGGCCGAGGACGAUGCCUCUUGGACAACCUUUCUUGAUUCUUACUCUCUUAACUUCGUUCCUUGAUUUACAUGAUCCUCCCGAAUCUUACUUUUUUUUUUCUUAUUGUACCUUAAAACGUUCGAACCUCUAUCUUGUAAUUGUUUGAAUUGAAAGAAAAACAA